AUGGUGAACGCUAUGGUGGAGAGAGCGACGAGCGAGAUGCUGAUCGGACCGGAUUGGGCUAUGAACCUCGAGAUCUGUGACAUGCUCAAUAGCGAUCCAGCGCAAGCUAAAGAUGUUGUGAAAGGCGUAAAAAAACGGAUUGGUAGCAGGAAUCCAAAAGCUCAACUUCUAGCCUUAACUUUGCUUGAGACAAUAGUGAAGAACUGUGGGGACAUGGUUCAUAUGCAUGUGGCUGAGAAGGGUGUUAUUCAUGAGAUGGUCCGGAUUGUGAAGAAGAAACCGGACUUCCAUGUCAAAGAGAAGAUCCUGGUCCUUAUCGAUACAUGGCAAGAGGCCUUUGGUGGCCCUAGGGCAAGAUAUCCACAAUACUAUGCAGGAUACCAGGAAUUGUUGCGUGCUGGGGCUGUUUUCCCUCAGAGAUCAGAGAGAUCAGCUCCUGUGUUCACACCUCCACAAACACAGCCUUUGACAUCUUACCCUCCAAAUCUUCGUAAUGCUGGACCUAUUGAUGAUAUGCCUGAACCUUCAGCAGAGCCAGAGUUUCCGACACUGAGUUUGUCGGAGAUUCAAAAUGCAAAAGGUAUCAUGGACGUGCUUGCGGAAAUGCUGAGUGCAUUAGAGCCGGGUAACAAGGAGGACCUUAAACAGGAGGUGAUGGUCGAUCUGGUGGAGCAGUGUCGUACAUACAAACAAAGAGUGGUACACUUAGUCAACUCUACUUCGGACGAGUCUCUAUUAUGUCAAGGUCUGGCGUUGAAUGAUGACUUGCAGCGGGUCUUAACUAGUUAUGAAGCAAUCGCUUCUGGAACUCCUGGAACUUCUGUUCGAAUCGAGCAGCCCAAGUCUGCGACAGGAAAUUCCCUUGUUGAUGUUGAUGGUCCCCUCAUUGAUACUGGAGACAGCAGUAAUCAGGCGAACGGAGCUACAUCAAGUUCUAGUAACGGGGUUCUAAAUCAGUUGGCCCUCCCUGCACCACCUGUAACUAAUGGUUCAGCCAAUUCCAAAAUAGACCUCCUCAGUGGCGAUGAUCUUGCCCUUGUUCCUGUUGGACCUCCUCAACCACCAAGUCCGGUUGCAUCAGAUCAAAAUGCACUUACCCUUAUCGAUAUGUUCUCAGACAAUACUAGUAGUCCAAGUCCUGCAGCUGCACCGACUGGCAAUUCAGCUCCCCAGGGUAGCCCUUUGAAUCCUCAGUUGCACCAGCAACCAAAUAGUCAGCCUGGAGAAACUGGAUUACAACAAUCCAAUGGAUUUGCGCCACACGGGGGUUAUUCGCAGUUUGAGCAGCCAUCAUACGGGCAAGGGGCCUCUUCUCCCUGGAACAGUCAGCCUGCGCAGCCUCCACAGCAGUUUCAACAACCGCAGCAGCCAUCUUAUGGUGCCCAAGACAGUAUGGCAUUUCCACCUCCCCCAUGGGAAGCUCAGCACCAAGACUUCAGUCCCACUGCGGAGUCAGGAAGUCCGUUUUCUCCUCAAACGCAUCCGACGCAGGUCUCCUACACACAUGCUCAACCAGUUAACAACAGCAGUCCAUAUGCUCAAAUGCCCCAAACUGGCCAACCGGUUAACAACAACAGUCCAUAUCCUCAAAUGCCCCAAACCGGUAGCGGUAUGUACAUGCAACAGCCAAUGCCAAACCAACCCAAUCAGGCUCCAGGGCAAGGCUAUCCACCCCAGCAACAGCAACAGCAGAUGAUGAUGGCUCAGUUCUAUGCUCAACAGCAACAACAACAACAACAACAACAACAGCAGCAGCAACAGGCGUAUAGCAACCAGAUGGGAGGAUAUGGAUAUGGCUACAAUCAACAGCAACAAGGAAGCAGCCCGUAUCUGGACCAGCAAAUGUACGGUUUAUCAAUCAGAGACCAGACUUCGCAUCAGGUACCAUCGUCAUCAUCGUCUACCUCGUCUUAUCUUCCUCCUAUGAAACCGAAGAACAAACCAGAGGACAAGCUAUUUGGGGAUCUGGUUGACAUCUCCAAAUUCAAGCCUACAAAACCGACAUCCGGAAGAGCUGGUACCAUGUGA